GAUAAGGUAUCCUACCUUUCCCUCUUACCUGUCUCAAUAUGCAAGUUUCAUUUGCUUGCACUGAGCAAACUCUGAGAAGUAGGACCAGCGAGGACCGUCUUUGCCCCAAUCGUCCCUCUGGGGGGCAAAAUGCGGGAAUUGGUGGGCAGAAUAAGCAGCGCACUCCCCCAUUGGGGACCAAAAACCAUAACCAGGUGCUCCCCCAUCUAUCGCACAUCCUACGCGAGUCUACGGCCAAAGCUACGGGUAUGAAGUACAGGAAUCUGGGGAAAUCUGGAUUACGUGUAUCUUGUCUUGGGCUUGGCACCUGGGUGACCUUUGGAUCUCAGAUCACAGAUGAGAUGGCAGAAAAUCUAAUGACAGUUGCCUACGAACAUGGGGUCAAUCUGUUCGAUACUGCGGAGGUGUAUGCAGCAGGGAGGGCAGAGAGGACUCUGGGAAAUAUCCUUAAGAAGAAAGAGUGGAGGCGUUCCAGUUAUGUAGUGACAACCAAAAUCUUCUGGGGAGGACAGGCAGAGACUGAGAGGGGCCUUUCUCGGAAGCACAUCAUCGAAGGUCUCCGGGGGUCCCUGGAACGGCUGCAGUUGGAAUACGUCGAUAUCGUGUUUGCGAAUCGAAUGGAUGCCAACAGCCCCAUGGAAGAAAUCGUGAGAGCCAUGACGUUUGUGAUCAACCAAGGGAUGGCCAUGUACUGGGGGACGUCCCGCUGGAGUGCGAUGGAAAUCAUGGAAGCGUAUUCCGUGGCGCGUCAGUUCAAUCUCAUCCCUCCGGUGUGCGAGCAAGCCGAAUAUCACCUCUUCCAGCGGGAGAAGGUGGAGACCCAAAUGCCGGAGCUGUAUCAUAAGAUCGGUGUGGGCUCCAUGACGUGGUCUCCACUGGCCUGCGGACUGAUCACCGGGAAAUACGCCGACACCAUCCCCGAAAAAUCCAGAGCUUCUUGCAAGGGAUACCACUGGCUGAAAGAGAAGGCUGGGAGCGAGGAAGGCAAGAAGCAGCACUCCAAGGUAAAAGAGCUCCACCCCAUCGCCGAGCGUCUCAACUGCACCGUCACCCAGCUGGCUAUCGCAUGGUGCCUGCGCAGCGAGGGGGUGAGUUCUGUGCUGUUGGGCGUCUCCACUUGUGACCAGUUUAUCGAGAAUCUGGGAUCCAUUCAGGUUCUGUCCCAGCUGACGCCACAGAUCAUAACUGAGAUCGACCAAAUCCUCGGCAACAAGCCCAACAUAAAGAAAGACUCGCGUGCAUGAGGAGCUCCUCGGCACACCCUGGAACCGCCGCGUGUUCUCCGAGGCAUGGGGGGCGAAGGACACAUUACGCUCACCUCGUGCAUGGUUCCCCCACUCUGGCAGCGCUGAGAGAGCGGGAGAACAUUCAACCAGCAAUAAGGGGAGGAAAAAUCAGCUGCCUGCUUAGUUCUCUGUGGUCAGUACAUGCAUUACUCCACGACAACCUGCAAGGGGAGGGGCAAAGGAUUGAAGACGUAUCUAGCAAAGCGGAGAAAAGGACAUCAAUGAUUGGUCAAGGUUUAGUAUGAG